AUGGAUGGAGACAAUCAGACUACAAUCACAGAGUUCCUCCUCCUGGGACUCUCUGGAAAGGCAGAGCAGGAAGAGGUUCUCUUUGGGCUGUUCUUGGGGAUGUAUCUGGUAACCAUCACUGGGAACCUUCUUAUCAUCUUGACCAUCUGUUGUGACGCUCAUCUUCACACACCCAUGUACUUCUUCCUGGCCAACCUCUCCAGUGUUGACAUCUGCUUUUCAUCAGUCACUGUCCCCAAGAUGCUGGUGAAUCACAUAGUGGGCAGCAAGUCCAUCUCUUACAUGGAGUGUAUGACCCAGAUCUACUUCUUCAUACUUUCCAACAUGGAUGGGUUCCUCCUGAGUGUCAUGGCCUAUGAUCGCUACAUAGCCAUCUGUUGUCCACUCCACUACACCAUGAUCAUGAGGCCCAGACUCUGUGUCCUUCUGGUGGCCUUAUCAUGGGUCAUUACAAACCUGCAUGCUCUCUUACAUACUCUUCUCAUGGUGCAACUUGCAUUUUGUUUCCACAAUGCUGUACAACAGUUCUUCUGUGACCCCUAUGCAAUUAUAAAACUAUCUUGUUCUGAUACCUUUAUCAAUGACUUCAUAGCCUUCACUGUGGGUGGGCUGACAUCUAUUACACCCUUCACAUGUAUCACUGUUUCAUAUGGCUAUAUCUUCUCUAGUGUAUUAAAGUUUCCAUCCAUUCAGGGAGUAAGGAAAGCCCUAUCCACAUGUGGAUCUCACCUUGCUGUGGUUUUCCUAUUCUAUGGAGCAAUUCUGGGUGUCUAUAUGCACUCUUCAUCUUUAUACUCUGUACAGGACAUGGUGACCACUGUCAUCUUCACAGUAGUGACACCCAUGGCCAAUCCCUUUAUCUAUAGUCUGAGGAAUCAUGACAUGAAACAAGCCAUAAGAAAACUAAUUACUAGGAAAUUAAUUUUAUCAACUUUCUAA